AAGUGUCGCUCCAACGACCACCGUCAGCUCCAACUACCACCGUCAGUCAACAACCCCCUUCUCCACCUUUUCAUAUCUUUUAAUAUGCACUCUUCCGAUCUGCAAUCCACCUGUGCUCCGACUACAGAAGCAUGGCUCAAGACUGCAGCAAUUCGGAUGAGGUAGUUCUUGGAGCGGAGGUAGGGAUUGUGAGGGUGAUCACCUUGAACCGUCCACGGCAGCUCAAUGUCAUCUCUCCUGGAGUAGUUAUUCUCCUGGCCCAGUUCCUUGAGAAAUGGGAGAAGGAUGAUGAUGCCAAGCUAGUUAUUUUCAAGGGGGAGGGUCGUGCCUUCUCUGCCGGUGGGGAUUUGAAGGUGUUCUACCAAGGGAGAAAAGAUGAUUCUUGCCUUGAGGUCGUUUACAGAAUGUACUGGCUGUGUUAUCACCUUCAUACGUAUAAAAAGCCCACGGUUGCCCUCACUAAUGGAAUAGUCAUGGGUGGAGGUUCUGCUUUGGUUGUCCCUGCAAAAUUUUCUAUAGUAACAGAGAAAACUAUUUUUGGAAUGCCCGAGGCAAGUAUCGGACUACACCCUGAUUGCAGCUUCUCUUAUAUCCUUCCACGCCUUCCAGGAUACUUUGGGGAGUUCUUAGCAUUAACUGGUUCAAGGUUGAAUGGGAAGGAGAUGGUUGCUGCAGAACUUGCAACGCAUUUUGUUCCAUCUGAGAAAUUGCGAGAACUUGAGAGUGCUUUGUUGGAUUUGAGCAUGAAUGAUGAGAAUUCUAUUAGAUCAGUAAUUGAAAAGUUCUCAUUGGAUGUCCAACCUGAUGAAGAAAGCAUCUUAAAUAGGCUGCCAACAAUUGACAAAUGCUUUUGUGGGGAGUCUGUGGAGGAGAUCAUCAAAUUAUUUGAAGAUGAAGCAAACAUGGCAGGAAAUGAAUGGAUCUUUCCUAUACUAAAAGGAUUGAAGAGAAGCUCUCCAACUGGAUUGAAGAUUACACUGAGAUCCAUUCGAGAAGGAAGAAAACAAACAUUAGCUGAAUGUCUGAAGAAGGAAUUCAGGCUUACCAUGAAUCUGCUCAGAUCAGUCAUUUCUACUGACAUAUAUGAGGGCAUCCGAGCUCUUAACAUUGAUAAGGACAAUUCCCCCAAGUGGGAACCAUCGAACCUACAAGGAGUGAGCACUGACAAGGUAGACCUUUGUUUUAAACCAUUUCAAGAUGAACUAGAAUUGCAGAUACCCGGUGAUGAAGCAAGCAGAUGGAGCGGCAAGUAUGAGACUACAGUCUAUCCGAGCCUGAAAGGGAAGCCAGAUUACCUAGUUAGCUAUGUUGAUAAUUCCUCUGGAACCCGGAAUUAAGUUGCAAAAAUUCUGAAUAAAAUCUAUGCCAUCAAGAGAACGUUACUGGGAAUAAACACGGUCGAUACUUGCAGCCGAGUUAGUAGCAGCGUCACUUCAAUUGUUGAUCAUUUGAAGAUGUAUAUGCCAUGGAGUGGACAUUGAUAACUUACAGCUACUGGCCUUUAGCCUCAUGGCAAUAAAAAUAGAUGCUAAAUUAUUCUAUAUCGAAUGUUCUGUUAUGUUGAGAGUAAAGAUCAAGCAAGCUUCUACGUUGUAGAAAAUUUCCUUGAACUUGUUACAAUAUUUAUGCUGGAACUAUUUACUUAUCGCA